UUCCGGAAGCUCCCGUGGUCUCCAUGGCAACCGGUUUCAGUUGGUCAGCCGGCGCUAAGGAGUCUGAAAUUAAAAAGAUGGGACCUGAGGAGGAGAAACGGCACCUGCUGAAUAGGGACAUCGCUGUCCAGGUGGUGAGGGGCGGAGCCACACAGACACUCGGAAGAUCCCUGAACAGGUCCGGUGGGCGCGCUCGCCGCAGAAGGAAGAAACUCGGGCCCCAGCUGGUGCAGGCGGGGCGGAGCCUGGUGGCGUUUCUCUUUGGCCUUCUGCUGGUGUUUAUCCAUGGACUGCUGGGCUUCUUGGUGCACAAACAGCCAUUGCAGUUCUGCGUCAUCUCCACGCUGAUCCUGGCCGGGCUCACCGCGUUUGGCAUGGGGGUGUCAAUAGGUUUCCGGGCCAACGUCAUGGUCAUGCUGCCCACUUUGUUCUCAGCCCGCGUCGUCCUGUUCCUGUAUGUGUCGGUGGUGGUGUCCGGGCCCAUGAAGAACACGGUGGAGAACACGGAGCGGGCUGCUGCCAGCCUGCUGUGUAGCGCCGAUCUGGCAGCCAAUCAGACGAAAGAGCUGAUGCAGAGAGCGGCCACGCCUCUCUCCUCUGCCAUUGAUGAAAUCAGAAAGAUCAGCAGAAACGCGUACGCCGUGGCAGGAAGAGUCCAAAACUUCAUCAACACUCUGACAGACAGCGUCCGCCAUGUUGCUCGGACCCUAAGGAACGUCCUUCACUUCCUGGUGGACAUUGGAGACAUCUGCAAUGAUAAGAUGGGUGCUCCGUACAGGAAGUGCCGGGAUCUGUUUGCCCAGGGUCGGACCGACUGCAACAACCUGCUGAAGGAGUUCAACUUCCUUUGUGAAAUCGUAGACGCCUUCCUGCCGCUUUGCAACCUCGCUCGUGCCGGAGAGCUGUUCUGCAUCAUCCCGUCGUACGUGGCGGCCCACCUGAAGCAGCGCCUGGCGGAGCCCACGGUUGCUGCAUUCAGGAAGAUGAUGCGUGAGUUCGACUUCAACCUCUCGUCCACGGUGAGCUUCGACGUGGACGCCAACGCCAGCCGCACGCUGCAGCAGGUCUCCCAGCAGAUCAUGGCCGACAUCUCCGCCGACCUGCAGAAUUUCCAGAGGCUGAGUCAGCUGCUGGCCUACACCAACUUCGUGCUGCUGGGCUUGUCCUUCAUCGGGGCGUUGAUGUACCAGCGCCGGUACCUGCGGGAUCUGCACUUCGAUAACUUCUACAUUAGCGCUCAGUUUAGACAGCUGGACCAGCAGGUGGCGUCGGAGGGCAGAGCUUCGGUUCUGCCGCUGACGCGCAGAGAGACGCAGACCUACGUGACGCCACUGUCUCUGCGGCUGACGCAGCGGGAGCGGCGCCGCGUGCUGGUGCGGAUGGCCUCCGUCUUCAGGCACCUGGUGGGGGGCGGCCUGAUUGUGGCGAUGGACUUCCUGGUCUUCUGGAUCCUGGACCAGGUGCACCACCAGGUGGAGGUGGACGUGGUCGCCAGAGCCCCUUACCAGGUGGCGGUCCAGGUGAACGGGUCGGGUUAUGCCUCGGACAUCUUCAGAGACCUGGUGGCGUCCUUCAACGUCUUCCAGACAGGAAACAUCACCGUCAUCAGCAGGAAGUGCCUGGUGGAGCCGAAGGAGCCCGACCACAGAAUCAGCUUCCUGCUCGGCUUCUUGCUGGGUAUGGCUGUGGUCAUCUCUCUGUUCAGAGGAUUUGUUCAGCGCCUCAGACGGAUCGUCUGUGCUUUUUAUUAUCCGGAUCAGGAGCAGGAGAGGAUCCGGUUCCUGCACCAGCAUAUCCUGAGCGAGAGGCUGUCGGUGGGCCGGGCCCUGAGGAGGUCUGCGGUCCGACAGCUGGCCGACCGGGCCGCCGGCGCCAGUUGGAUGCAGGCGCUGCUGAGGCGGCUCCCAGGUGGAGGCCACCUGUCCUCCCUCACCUGUCUGGGCUGCAGCGAGGCCGUCAGGCAGAAGGAAGCCGCCGUCUGCGACGUCUCAGGAUGCUCAGGUGAGAAACAGACCGUGGUCCAUCAGAACCGGGUUCGGGCCGGGGCCAGUCUGCUGGUCAUGGGUUUGGUUUAUUUCGUCAGUAGUGACAGUGGGGAGUCUGUAGACUCCAGUGAUGAUGAGCAGCUCACCCUGUGGUCAGCGUCCCGCCUCCCGGCCCGCCUCCCGGCCCGGUCGGAGAUGCAGAGUAGAACCUUGCCUGCCAGAGGUUCGCAGGUCCAGGACCAGGACGACAGCAGUGACUUCGACAUCGUUCACAGUGAAGCAGACGUGGCGUACCAGGACCGGUCCGGGUCUUCGGACUCCGACAGCGACUCCGACUUGUCAGAAGCCCUCGCUGAGAUCAGAGUUCAGACUCCGGGUCGUCAUGGAAACCAACAGUCUAGUGUUGCAAUAAACUGAAUGUUAUGAAUAAUAAAUAUAUUUUUACCUUCAGCUGAA